AAUAAUUGUGCGCUCCCAGUCCAGGUAUUCUGUCGGGUCACACACUUGAAGAUCACGGCUCCCCAAGAGAGCCCUAACACCAACGGGAUCGACAUAUCAGCCUCCAAUCGCCUCUACAUCUACGACAGUUUCAUCGGGACCGACGACGACUGCGUUGCGAUCAACGAGUUUUCUUCCUACAUAAACAUCUCCCGCAUCAUGUGUGGGCCCGAACACGGGAUCAACAUUGGCAGCCUCGGGAAAGACGGCGCCUACGAGACCGUGGAGGAAGUCCAUGUCGCGGAUUGCACCUUUACGGGCACGAUGAACGGGGCGAGAAUCAAGACGUGGAAGAGAGGGAGAGGGUACGCGAGGAAGAUAAGUUUCGAGGGGAUAAGGCUGAUCAACGCGGGGAAUCCUAUCAUCAUCGACCAAACGUAUGUGAACCGAAUGGCGGGGACUAUGGGUGGUGAGGUGGAGGAUGAUUCUUUGUUGUCGUCGGGUGACUUGGAGAUAAGCGACGUGACGUAUGGGGGAGUGACCGGGUCGUCGUCGGACGCGAGGAUGGUGUAUUUCAACUGCGAGAGUGGAGCUAGGUUUAGAGACAUUGUGGUGGAGGAUGUGCAGAUGAGUUCUUUUUUGUUCUGGGGGGGGGGAGCCAUUGUUUGCGGUCCGCAAUAA